AAGUGCCAUCUCUAGCCGACGGGCAUAGGCAUAUUUCGAACAAAUUUCGAACAAGUUUGGAGCAAACGAACAAAUAUGAUUGCUUGAAGCGCAUAGAACCAACCACAAACAAAAGUGCAAAACUUGGAGCUUAAAAACUAAAGCAAAGGAGAAUAACGGAAGAGGAGGGAAGCAAGAAGACAAAGAGGAGUGCGAAAAAUACAGCCAACAUCAUGUACAGGAUAUAUGUAAGCCAUGCGAUAUGCGCCAUUUGGUUGGUUAUACUCGCCACUGCCGGCGUAAUGGCCCAGCUAGACCUGGAUCAGAUCCAGACUCAGCUGCCCGACCAGCUAAGCAAGUCGAACUUUAGCGUGAAUGACGCCAAGGAGCUAUUUCGCAACAAAUGCAUCGAGGUGGCCGGCGAGGAGGCGGGCGGCGAGGCGUACGGUGAGAUCGAGUCCGGAUUCAUGGUGCUAACCGAGUGCCUCAAUGGCAUUGUCAACUACACGGCAAUGCAGCAGGAAAUACAGGAGGCGUCGCCCAAGGGCGAACUGGAUGUGGUUUUCAACAAGUACUGCAGCCGGCGUUCCAAUGCCGUCGAGUGUGUGGAUGCGUUCACGGCCAAACUGGUGCCCUGCCUGGUGCAGGAGGAGCGCGAGGGCCAGGAUGUCAUCAAGCAGAUCAUCCAGAGUCUGCUCAACUUUGUCUGCCACAAGGAUGGCGAUCAGAUAGCCCUGUUCAUUGCCGAAAAGGGACCCGAAUGCAUUGAGUCCCAGAAGGACAACAUUCAGCAGUGCGUGAACAGCACGUUCUCCGAGUACCUGAACGUGUCGGAUCUGCAGGACAACCGCAUCAGGAGCAUGCCCAAGCUGACGGUGGGUCAGAAGCAGUGCGACGAGAUGCUGACUCUGCAGGCGUGUGUGGUCCGUAAACUGGAGAACUGCUCGGACAUAACACCGGCGAAUCUCGUCGAGUCGAUGUUCAACUUCAUCCGGAACCAAACCAUGUGCCGAGACAAUCAGAAAUCCCCGCUAGUUGCGGCUGCGGCCAGCGGAGGCAGUCGGGCAUUCCAUCAAGUGUGGACCCAUGUGGGCAUCGUUUUGCUUAUCCUGCGAUUCGCUCUACAAAAGUCUUCUUAGUUCUAAGUCUGGGCGUCCGCUAUAUAUCUCGAAUCCGAAUCUGUAAAACGCCUUCUCAACGCAUCGACUUUGGCAAUCCAAAGCGAUUAAUCAAAGAGCACGAUAAUCACUGUUUUUAAGCCUUUGCUUCGCUUAUAUUAAUAUGCAUGUAGCCGUGGAGCAGGUGUCCAUAGUUCAACCGCUUUCGGGGAUGCGCAUGUCAAGGUGCUGCUGCUCCAGGCGGCCAGCCAGCCAUAUCGUUUUUGUUUGGUGCUUCUAAUUUAUGUAAUUAAUUGCCAGUUGAUGUAUGUAUGUAUGUAGUAUUUGUGAACAUUUGCUUAUACUUCUACUUCUACUUCUACUUGUGAAUCUGAUUUUCUUCUGAACUUUGUCAUGCGUUCCAUCUAAUGCUUUAUUUCAAUUUAAUGAAAAGGUGGGGCUUGCGGUUCUGAUUCGAGUUGGGUUUGUAUUAAAUCUCGUAUUUCACUGAAGGCAGCAAACGGUAAUCUCACUAUUUUAUAGUGGAUCGGGUAUGGGUUUGGGAAAUGAAAUGCUAUAUAUGUGUAAACAAUGAAUGGAUAUGUUUUGUAAAUGAAUAUACGUAUCAUUAUUGUAGUAAUAAAGUGAUAAAUUUGAAAACAAAUACAA